CGGUCGACGAAACUUGUAUACAAACAUGGUCGAUUUUUUGAAUGGAACCUUGUUAAUUUCGGAAGAUCCUGUCCAGCUGCCACUCAUAGGGAGUCCUUGGCCCUCGCUGACCAUUCUUUUCGUCUACCUACUCUUCGUACUGAAGCUGGGAAGAAUGUUCAUGGAGAACCGAAAGCCGUUUGAUCUCCGAGGAGUGAUCAAGGUCUACAAUAUCGUGCAGAUCAUUUACAACAGUGUGGUUCUUGUAAGCGGCCUUCACUUCUUGUUUGUGCUGAAGGCAUACGACUUAAGUUGCAUCUCCAGACUGCCGCUGGAUCACGAGUACAAAAACUGGGAGCGAUGGAUAACCUACUCGUACUUCUUCAACAAAUUCAUGGAUUUGCUGGAGACGGUAUUUUUUGUGCUGCGAAAGAAGAAUCGUCAGGUGUCCUUCCUGCACGUCUUUCACCAUCUGGUCAUGUCCUUCGGCGGAUACAUAUACAUUACGUACAGCGGCUAUGGCGGCACAUUGUUCCCGCUCUGCCUCCUGAACGUGGCCGUGCACGUGCUCAUGUACUCCUACUACUACCUCUCCUCCGUCAGCAAGGAUGUGCAGUCGAGUCGGUGGAAAAAGUACAUAACCAUUGUCCAGCUGCUCCAGUUCAUAUUGGUGCUCUCGAGCUUCAGCUACACCCUGAUGCAGCCCAACUGCAAUGCUUCCCGUCCGGUGAUAUACUCGGGAAUGUUUGUUGCCUCGUCUUUCAUACUCAUGUUCGGAAAUUUCUACGUCCACGCCUACGUACUGCCCGGCAAAAAGAAAGUCCGAACCAACAUGCUUACCCCGAUAGAUCCUGUAAAGCUGCCAAUCUUUGGCAAUCUAUGGGUUACCAUGGCCACCUUGACGGCCUAUCUUGUUUUUGUUCUGAAAGUGGGUCCGAAAAUCAUGGAGAAAAGAAAACCCUUUGAUCUGCGUGGCGUGAUAAAGGUCUACAACAUUGCACAGAUUCUGUACAACGGUGUAAUAUUGGUCUUAGGAAUUCACUUCCUCUUUGUCUUGAGGGCCUACACAUUGAGGUGCGUUGUCAAUCUGCCGCUGGAGCACGAGCACAAGGAUAGGGAGCGCCUGAUCUGCAUCCUGUACACGUUUAACAAAUUCGCGGACCUGGUGGAAACGGUCUUCUUCGUACUGCGCAAGAAGGACAGGCAGAUAUCCUUUCUGCACGUCUUCCACCACUUUUCCAUGGCCUUCAGCGGAUACCUGCACUAUAUCUUCAUUGGCUAUGGGGGCAUUGUGUUUCCGCUGUGCCUCCUCAACGUGGCGGUGCACGUGGUCAUGUACACCUACUAUUACCUCUCAUCGGUCAGCCAGGAAGUGCAGAAGAGUCUCUGGUGGAAGAAAUACAUCACCAUUGUCCAGCUGGUCCAGUUUGCGAUCAUCAUGCUGCACUGCCUCUUCACCCUGAUGCAGCCCAACUGCAAUGUCUCCCGACCAGUGACUUCUGGUAUCGCCCUUCUGGCUGCCUCAUUCACGGCAAUGUUCGGAAACUUCUACUAUCACACCUACAUUAGGUCCGGAAAAUCGAAAUCUGAACGAGCCGUCCAAUGAGUCCAAAACAUAAGGAAUAAAAUUCGUCUACGCAAACCCCCUAAGAAGUAAUGAAGUUCAUGUAAUAAAAUAAAAUAGUAUAAAAAGCCCGGAAUGUACGUAUAGUAUGGUAAAUUGCUAAAAACUUUUUUCGCAUUAUUUUACUGGUCGGUCGAAUGGUAAAUACUCUUACUCUGUCAUGUUUAUUGUUAGCAUUAUCUAAUUAAAAAAUA